AUGUCCUGCAGCCUACUGGAGUUUUGUCGUCUUCAAGAGCUCAAGACGGUCAGGGACUAUUUGUCCCACGGUCAAACUGAGCCAGCGGAAAAGAAUCAAACAGCAGAAAAUGAACUAGCAUGGGACACCAGUGACUGGGAAACGGCAUGGGAAAGUGACAAGAGCAAAGAGCAAGAAGCACCAUCGGUAGUGGAAGCCAAGGAGCCCAGUGGACCCUGGCUGCAGGACUGUGUCGUAUCCCUGUCACCCUGCUCGGACCUGCUUGUGGUGGCCCAAGAACAAAAGGCUGUCUUUCUCUCAGCUAAAUGGCAAACAGAUGAUAGUGGCAAAGAAGAGAUGACCCUGGCGGUGUCUUGGAGUGGAAUACUCAGCACUGAAGAAGGAGAAUGUGUGAGCAGCACCAUCUGUAUACCACUGGCAAGCCAGAAAAGGAGCUCCACUGGGCGACCCGACUGGACAUGUGUUGUUGUGGGUUUCACUUCUGGCUAUGUCCGCUUUUACACAGAGAGUGGGGUUUUGCUCCUGGCCCAAUUGCUUCAUGAGGACCCAGUUAUAAGGCUGAAGUGUCGCACAUAUGAGAUCCCUCGCCAUCCUGGUGUAACUGAGCAGCAUGAAGAGUUAAGCAUCCUCUACCCUGCUGCACUGGUCACUAUUGAUGGUUUCAGCCUCUUCCAGUCCCUUCGUGCUUGCCGGAAUCAGGUGGCUAGAGCGGCAGCUGCAGGUAGUGAAAUGAUUCAGCCCCCUCCUCUGGCCUAUAAGAAGUGGGCUCUCCAAGAUAUGGACAAUAUUGUAGACCACUGUAGUGUGGGUGUGAUGACACUAAAUGUGUUUGAUCAAAUGAAAAAUGCCUCAGUCUUGGGGGGUUUCAACGCUUCAGUCAAAGGCAGCCCUCCUGCCAUGAGCCAGUAUGUCACUGUGGGAGGGGGCCCUUACACUGGCUUUUACUAUGCAGUAGAGGGAAGCACCCAGCCUCUUCUCUCUCAUGUGGCUCUCGCUGUGGCAAGCAAACUUACAUCAGCCCUCUUCAGUGCUGCCAGUGGAUGGCUAGGAUGGAACAAGAAUAAGAAUGAGGUUGAGAGUGCCCAGAAACACAGGCCCAAAGUUGAACCUGCAACACCACUGGGGAUUAGAUUUGGGCUUCCAGACUCUCGUCGCCAUGGCGAGUCAAUUUGCCUGUCCCCUUGUAACACGUUGGCUGGAGUAACUGAUGACUUUGGUCGAGUCACACUGCUGGAUCUCAACAGAGGGAUUGCAGUUCGCAUGUGGAAAGGUUACAGAGAUGCCCAGCUAGGUUGGCUGCAUGUUCCAGAGGAGCAAGUCGGUCGGGAAAGUUCCCCUUCAGCUUCCCGACCCAGACGCCAUGCGCUGUUCUUGGUUAUUUAUGCCCCCCGCAGAGGGAUACUGGAGAUAUGGGCGAUGCAAUAUGGGCCUCGAGUAGGUGCAUUCACUGUUGGGAAACACUGCAGGUUGUUGUAUGCUGGUUACCGUCUUUUAGGAGUGAACAGUGUAACCAGUCAGGGCUGGAAAAUCCAUACCCAUCAAGUGUGUUUGCUGGAUCCCAUCACAGAAGCCCUUAGGACAGUGAAUGUCCCUUUCCACCUGGCCCUCAGCGACAAGAAGAGUGAAGGAGCCAAAGAUAUGCAUUUGUUGAAGAAACUGACAACAAUGCUCAAGAGUGGUGAUAUGGAGCCUGAUAUUUUGGAGAGUGAGGUCAAAGCUUUGCUGCUGGACAUCAAAAACUCUUCCAUUCAAAAACAGGCUUUGGAGUCUUUGCUGUCCAACAAGAACGUCCCUGUCUUGUGUCUUACGAACAUCAUACGCGCCUUACUCAAUGCUCUGCAGCAGCAAGAUGCUAAACUAGAGGAUACAGUGUUAUUGCAGCUCUGCUCCUCCCAACUGGAACUACUUCAGCUCUACACUGAUAUCCACCACGUGAGCACUGCUGCUGCCUUUGAGGGGGACUCCGAAGCUCUGGACACCCUUGAAGGCAUUGAGGGUGAAUUGUCACGUUUGAAUCCCACCUUACAACGUUACAUCAAGUUCAACUCGAGGCCGAGCGUUUCUUUUGUUCAAGAUGCACCAGACGCACCUCUGCCUGUACAGGCCUUUCUAUUGCAGAUUGAAUGCGCAGAGGAUGGGCAGUUGAAGCUUAUCCAACGUUCUGAAGCAGAAUGGACCCAGUUAGGGAGCUUCGUGUUCUGGGGGUGCCUGUGUGGGAAAAGUCCACCACAUAAAAUCUGUGAUAAAUUGCAACAGGCUGGCAUCAAUCCACCACAGUUACUAUCUCUAUUGCUAGGUGUAUGCUUACAACGAGAAAAGGAGAUGAUCCAGAAUCCGACGGAAUGUUUUAAAAACCUUUACGCGCUAUUGGUACUCCUCAGCAACAUGGAAGGUGCCAUAGAAGAGACAUGGGACUCUCAAUCGGUCUCACCAUGGUGGCAGCAGGCCCGCAACAUAUUGGUACAGUCACACAACUCUGCAGCAGCUCUGCUGGCUGCUCUAGUUGCUCAUCGUGCCGCUAAAGCCAGCAUAAACAGCAGGGCAGACAGCAAGCUGCAGUCAGAGUGGGAAGCAGUAUCUUUGGAGUUGGAGCAUUGGGUGGUGUGUGUUCGCCAGCUGGAGGAUGUUCUAGUGCUGCAGACACUACUCUUGAUGACGCCAAUAGCCGGAUCAGUAGGAGGCCCUGCUGUGCCAUGUUCUGUGAAAACAUUGUUGGAAGGAGGCUCAGGUGGCAUCACUGACAAUGUCUCCAAGUGGGUGUUCAGGCACAACCUGGCACCGGAGCAACUAAAAGAAAUCUUUCAGAAAAUGGAGGAUAAAGAGGAGGGGGCAGGUGACGAAGUGUCAAAUAUUUUAGAGAAUACAGAUGAAACAGCAGAGCUGUUGGUAGCUGUGUGCAAGCGUUUCCCGCACUCCCUCUCCCCAAAUUUGCUCUUCGCACAUUGCUGCUGGGAGUAUGUGGUGCAGUGGAACAAAGACCCAGAGGAGGGUGCACACUUGUGCCAGGCCAUGGAACAUCUGAAGCUGGUCUCUAGUCCACAUAUACAACUAGGUAUUUGCACCAUGAUGUGGAGUACUUUUAUUGUUAAACGUUUCUCUGCUGCAGCCUUUCUCAUUGAGAAGGUAGGCAAAGCUCCCAAAGAUCGCCUGUGCCGACGGGAUGUAGGAAUGGGAGACAAAGCUUUAACAUCCUUUCUAGGAUGCUGUGUCCAGCUGCUUCAGAUCCUCAUGGAGGCAGACGCCGCAGUGGCUGAAGUUCCUCCCCCAAAGCUGUCUGUGGAAGAGGUCUGGUGCGGAGCCGAGGGCCCGGCCUCAAUAGCUGAACUGGCCAUGGAGCAGAAAGGCGUUCACUAUCCCCUGGUGCAACACCAUUGUCUGUUAGCCACCCUGUUACACGCUGCCUUGACCUUUACACUGAAGGUCAAACCUCUCAGCCUGUUUGACAGCAAGGGUAAGAAUGCUUUCUUCCGAGACCUGACCACCAUUCAGCUAAUGCCAAGUGGUGACAUGGAUCCAGGACUGGUCCUAUUAAGACAAGAGUUUCUUCUGCGGGUGCUAACCGCCUGGGUACAGCAUAUUGACGACACGUCCGUCCCUCGGACGCUGCCGCCCACAAGUGGCCCGCGGGCCGACUGGUGGCCCUCGCUGUGUAUGGAUCUCGGCGGCCCGCUACAGGUCAACCCCGACAUCCUGCGACGACACCUGGUGUGUCAGCUCUACAGCCAGGGCCUGGACCAGCGCGCGGAGGAGGUGAUGUUAGAGGUUGAAGACAAAGACGUGUUGGGCUCUCAGCUACUGAUGAUCACGGGCCAAAGGUUGAGCUACUCACUGCUGCACGUGCAGAACCAGACGCAGCCUGCUAUGGAGCUACUUGCCCGCCUGCCCCCCACCCUCUGCACGUGGCUAAAGGCUAUGGACCCCAGUGAGCUGCAGUGCCCCUUGGUGCCCUUGCCUCAGACUAGCAAGCUGGUGGGCCACUUGAUCGAGAUGCUUCCAGAAAACCACGCCCAGUACAGCCUGGCAUUGCACCUGUUGGAGGCAGUGGAUGCCUUGACCAUGGAGGAGUGA